GUGCUCGUCAGUGAUUGUCAGGCCUAUUUUGGGAUCAACAGUUUUGUAUUCUUCAUGGUUGGUUCGAGAAGAAAACAUGGAACUUGGAAGAGAUUAUGAUACUAGUGGUAGUGUAGCAUUAUCAACAGUGAAAUACGUAGUAGAACUUGCACGGGCAUUGGCCAACAUGAAAGGAGUCUAUCGAGUAGAUCUCCUAACUCAACAAAUCACAUCAGCAGAGGUUGAUUCUAGCUAUGGUGAACCUAUUGACUUGUUGGCUUGCCCAUCCAAGGGCAGUGGUAGCUAUGGUGCCUACAUAGUUCGAAUCCCAGGUGGACCUCAUUUCCAUAUGCAUUUGCAUUUUGGAGUUUGGAUUCUUUGA